GGCGACAACAAACAACACAAGAUACCGCAUUGAAGAUAGCUUAAUAACAACCUAGCGAGGUUAAGUUAUUGAAAGAAGCAUAUUAGUUACAUUGAUCAUGAAUUUCCUAGCAAGAAGUGUUAUAAAUAUAGCGAGAAAUUGUAUAGCAAACUCAAUUCAAGGUUGCAACCUAACGAAGCUUUGUGAGAAUAGCUACAGCCAAGGAAACAUACUAAAUGUCACAAGGACAAGCGUUAGUACAAUAUUACAAGGAUUGGCACAGAUCAGAUUCGCAAGCUCGUUAAUGCAAAUGCACAGAAGAGGUGGGCCAUACAAAAAGCGCAAACCUUCGAAGAAUCCUUUGGAUGGUGCGCCGUUUUUGAAGGGUGUAAUCUUGAAAACUAUCAUCAAAAAACCAAAGAAGCCCAAUUCCGCGAAUCGAAAGUGCGUCGUUGUGAGAUUAUCAAAUGGCAAAGAAAUGACGGCGUAUGUGCCCGGAAUUGGCCACAAUCUGCAGGAACACAAUAUCGUCCUCUGCAGGAAUGGACGUCUGCGAGAUACACCUGGCGUUAAAAUAAAAUGCGUGCGUGGCAAAUACGAUUUGCCGCAUGUAUCUAAGCGCGAAUAAUUUAUAAUUUUUAAUUGUCAUCAAUGCUAGUCUGAAUUGAUGAAAUUUCUGUAAAAAAAAGCAACUGUCAUUAUUGUGUAUACUUGGUUAAUUAUGUACAGCUCUAUUGAUAAAAUAAUAAUUCAUUUCUUAAAAA